AUGCCGAAGCUGUCAUCGCAUUCGCGCUCCCUCCGCCUGGCGCUGCAGCCACCUACCUCAUCCUUAUCUAGACGUUGGACGGGCCGGCCAGUCACUUCCUCGUCGCGGAGAGCCCUCGCUUUUCCGCGCCAUGGAAUCUUGAAUGACCCAUGCAUUCCCACGCCAUCAGUGGUAGCGCCGCGAACGGCUUUCUUCUCACCCUCGCGCGCUCGAAAAAAUGUGAAUGGGCUGGGGGAAGGUCCCAGUCAAAAUGACCAUCAACCGCCUGAGGAGCGGGUUGUGAAGCUGGGCAAAACUCUGCGGAUUCUUUCUCCCCUCCUCCCGACAAUUCUCUACAACACCCUCCCGGCCGAGAUCCUUGCGCCCAGUGUUAGUCUUCACCUGUUUCCUUCGACGCAUCCACACCUGCCUACUGUGAAAGGUCGCACCCUGUAUCGGGCGGCGCUCUGGACCGUGCCCGUUGCCUGGAGUAGCGUCCCCCUGGUUGGGAAUGUGAAGCUCAAGAUCUUGAGUGAGCGUAUUGUGCGUGCGGGCACUAUUCUCGAUCCAACGAAUCAGGAUCGCCAUGAUUGCGGCGACGAGCGGUUGGUCGUGCGUUGGCAGACAGAACCACGAACGGACAGCAAGCCGUUUCACGAAGGAGUCAAAAGCGUGUCCAGCCCUCAAGGUGACGGCGCAUCGACCUCUCGAUUCUUCAAUUCCGAUGUAGGCUUGAAGCCCGGGCAGAGCCAGCUCUCGUCCUCGUCGUCGGGUAAUGGGACAAAUCGAGGACUGAGUGUGUUGCUAGGCGGAGAGGAACCAAUGUUCAAGCUCUCCAAAGAAGGACAGUUCACUGGGCUCUUCAUUUUUUCCUUUGACGAGAAGGGCCGGAUUCUCACGCACACCAUUGAACACGCGGAUGAAGCCAAUGGCUGGGACCGGACAUCCAAGUUUGUCACGUUGACGGACUGGCUGAUUGGGAAGGCACGAGAGUCUUUGGAUCCCUCACCAACCCCCGGCCUGGCUAUUUCCUGCGGGAAGCACGGCUUAUCAUACCAUCGACGGGGUCAAUGGUUUCGCCAUUCAAGCGCAUAG